GCAAGGAGUCUAGGCGCGCGCUCUGAAGCUGUUCUAAAUGGUUUGUCACUGUUUUUAAGUAUUUUUGUACUUAAAAUCUUUGGCAGAAAUGGAGACUAAAAAGUUGCUACUUAGUUUUAGCUUAGUUGUGAUCUUUGCCGCAUGGACAGUGAGAAGCACAACAACAAAGUACUACACGUAUGAAGAAGAUGCACCAGGAACGUUUAUCGGGAAUCUUUCAAUGGAUCUGAAGAUCGACCUGUCCGAAGACCCACACACGAGCUUUCGGUUCAUGCAAGAGGGCAAUGCAUCACUGAUUCGUAUGCGUAAAGGCGACGGGCUGCUCACGGUGGGAGAGCGCAUUGACCGGGAGAGUCUGUGCGGCUCCUCCACGCAGUGCCUGAUCACCGCGGACGUGGUGGUUUUCUCCAAGGAAAAAUUCCACCUGAUCCACGUCGAGAUCCACGUGAGAGACAUAAACGACCACGCUCCUGUGUUUCCACGUGACGAGACGCGACUCGAGAUUUCAGAGAACGCGGCGGUGGACGCACGCUUUCCCAUAGAAGUCGCCACUGACCUGGAUGUCGGAAACAAUUACAUUCAAAGUUAUCAGCUUUUCAACAGUAGUCAUUUUGGUAUUGAGGUAGGAACAGGCGAAGAUGGCAAGAAGUUUGCACAGCUUGUGCUUGCGCAAAAGCUUGACAGGGAGCUUGAAGAGUCUUACACACUUCAAGUUAUUGCAAUUGAUGGCGGAAGUCCACCAAAGUCUGGAUCAGUGACCGUGCGCGUAAACGUUUUAGACUCUAAUGAUAACAGUCCACAGUUCGAGCAUGACGCGAUUAGAGUCGAGUUGCACGAAGACGCACCUGUUGGCUUUCUUUUGCUCAGAGUUCAAGCAUUCGACCCUGACCACGGCGAAAAUGGUGACGUGCGCUACGAUUUCGCAGAAGGUGAAUCCAACGAGAUCAAAAGCACCUUCGAUGUUGAUCCCGUUAGUGGAGCGGUGGUCUUAAAGUCUUCGGUGGACUUCGAAACGAGAAAAUCGUAUGAGCUGCACAUAAGGGCUUAUGAUCUGGGCGCCAACUCGAUUCCGUCGACUUGCACGGUCACCGUCGAAGUCGUUGACGUAAACGACAACGCGCCAGAAGUCACGAUCAAGCCGAUGGCCUCGAGGAGCGGAGACAUAGCGUACAUCACGGAGGCGGCGGCGGUGGAAAGCUUCGUCGCGCUCGUGAGCGCCGCGGACAGAGACUCGGGCGCAAACGGCUACGUGCGCGUCAGUCUGCACGGCCACGCGCACUUCAAACUCCAGCAGGCGUAUGGUGACAACCUCAUGAUCGUCACCACAUCUGUUCUGGACCGGGAGAAGAUUCCUGAAUACAAUCUCACUGUCAUAGCAGAAGAUCUUGGCUCACCGCCGUUUAAAACCUUCACCCAGUACACAAUCAGAGUAAGUGAUGAGAAUGAUAAUGCUCCAUCGUUCAGCAAACCUGUCUUCGAAAUUUCAGUGAUGGAAAACAAAGCACCAGGAUCCUAUGUGACUUCUCUGGUAGCUCGUGAUCCUGAUGAAGGAGUCAAUGGUAAAGUAACGUACAAGCUUCUAGAUAAUGAUGUUGAUGGAGUCACAGUGAGUUCUUUUAUGACUGUAGACCCAGCUUCUGGCACUCUCUACACAAUAAGGCCUCUGGACUAUGAGGAUGUCAAGCAGAUCGAAGUGAUCAUCCAAGCCACAGAUGGUGGCUCCCCACCACUCUCAAGCACAGCUCUGGUCAAGGUCAGGGUUGUGGAUGAGAAUGACAACACACCCUUCUUUGUUCACCCGAUACUCAUUAAUGGCUCGGCAGACAUACCUUUACCAAGCAACGCUCCUGCUGGUUACGUGGCCCUGAAACUAGAGGGCCAUGAUAAUGAUGAUGCAAUGAACGCAGAGCUUUCCUAUGCCAUUAUGGAGGAUGAGGCAUUUCUGUUUGCUGUAAAUGAAAAUACAGGUGAAAUGGCACUAAAGCAUAGCUUGGCACUUGGACUUGGAGAAACACUGCAUGUAAGAGUGGCAGUAAGUGACCAUGGCCGAACACCUCUUGUCCACACAGCCUCAAUCCGCUUUGUGGUUUCAGAUGCCAUGCCCAUAGAAGAACAAGUGGUGGUGGUUCUUGAGUCAAUUCAGAAAGAGAAUACGUCUGAUUUUGAUGCUUCCUUCAUCAUCAUUGGGCUUCUAGGUGCUGCUUGUGCCGUAUUGCUGGUCGCCAUUGUGGCUGUUGCACUAUCACGCAGGAACGUCCGGAGGAAUGUCGGCUCCAUCAGCAAAAUAUCUGGGCAAAACUUUAGGAAAACCCAAUUACCAACACACAGCAUUGACUCGACAGAUUCCAGCAGCCUCUCUGGAGGUAGUGUGACAGUUACUGAGCAGAUUUCUUCUUCAAGGGAUGAAUCAUCUUUCUGUUAUGAAGAUGAGCAAAGCAGAGAUUCUGACAGUAAGGUAUUUCGACCUCUCCUCACUAAAGGUCACUUUGAGCCCGUUUCAGCUUGGCAAGGAGACAGAUACACACUUCAGAUGAGUGAAAUCGGAUCUGUUGAUCAGACGAGCAUAAAGGACAGUGGCAAAGGAGACAGCGACUCUAAUGACAGUGACUCUGACAGUGGACAAGCCGGGCGGAAAAUUGCUAACACUGGCCACCAGCGAGUUAGCAGUUCCUUGUACACUGGACCAGUGGAUGGAGCUGGAGUCUACAGAACCAGAGAGGUUCCAACACACACUUCCAGCACUCAUGUGGGCAACAAUGGGUACACUGUAGCAUAUCGGACACUGGGCUAUGGCUGCCAUCCGGCUGCCACCAACCAAGGACCAUCCUUCAGAGGCUACGGUUGUAAUCCAGUCUUCAGCCAAACCAAAGAUUACCCACAUGCCCCUGUGUUUCACAGGAUGGGGACACAACCCUCCUUUUACUAUCAGCAUCAGGUGCACAGACAAUUAAACGAACAAGCCGCAUCUCCCAGAGAGCCAAUUACAGACAUCAUCAGCAUACCUACAGCAUCCUUUUAAAAAAAAAAAACUCUCAAAACAUGAACUUCACAUUGUGACACACUUCAUCAGUCCUGUUUUUCUUCAGUCCUGUAGUAUUGUCUGCUUUAUUUCUGUUUCUAUUUGUACACUAUUUCAGUAAGCUCAACGAAGUAAAUUAGUUUAUUAGUAUAUUUUAUU